GCUCCCCUUUCUCCCCCUCCCUCCUCCCGCGAGCCUCGGGGUUCCUUAGCUGGUCGAGGCCGAGUCAGUGUCAGUCAGGGAGGGAGACUGCUGAGCACUGGGUGCGGACGCUCCAUUGCAGUCUUGCCCAGGGGUCGGUGCUUGCGCUCGCGCCGCCGGGUGGGAAGAAUGAAGCCGCAGCUAAAGCAGCCACCCUAUGAUUGGCUGUGGCGCUUGUGAACCCGAAGUAAAGAUGGCGGGCGGGCAGGCAGUCGCCGCACUGCCCACUUGGAAGAUGGCGGCGCGCCGCAGCCUCAGCGCCCGCGGCCGGGGGGUCCUGCAGGCGGCGGCGGGCCGGCUGUUGUCGCUGCUAUUGCUGAGCUGCUGCUGCGGCGCGGGCGGCUGCGCAGCGGCCGGCGAGAACGAGGAGACUGUGAUCAUCGGGCUGCGGCUGGAGGACACGAACGACGUGUCGUUCAUGGAAGGGGGGGCGCUGCGGGUGAGCGAGCGGACCCGGGUCAAGCUGCGGGUGUACGGGCAGAACAUCAACAACGAGACGUGGUCCCGCAUCGCCUUCACCGAGCACGAGCGGCGCCGCCACAGCCCUGGCGAGCGCGGGCUGGGGGGCCCCGUGCCGCCAGAGCCGGACAGCGGCCCCCAGCGCUGCGGCAUCCGCACCUCAGACAUCAUCAUCUUGCCCCACAUCAUUCUGAACCGCCGUACAUCGGGCAUCAUCGAGAUCGAGAUCAAACCGCUGCGCAAGAUGGAGAAGAGCAAGUCCUAUUACCUGUGCACAUCGCUUUCCACGCCAGCCCUGGGUGCCGGCGGCCCGGGGUCCACGGGUGGCACCGUCGGGGGAAAGGGUGGCGCAGGGGUUGCUGGGCUCCCCCCACCUCCGUGGGCCGAGACCACCUGGAUUUACCACGACGGCGAGGACACCAAGAUGAUCGUGGGCGAGGAGAAGAAGUUUCUGCUGCCCUUUUGGCUGCAGGUGAUCUUCAUUUCGCUGCUGCUGUGCCUGUCGGGCAUGUUCAGUGGCCUCAAUCUGGGUCUCAUGGCCCUGGACCCGAUGGAGCUGCGCAUCGUGCAGAACUGCGGCACCGAGAAGGAGAAGAAUUACGCCAAACGCAUCGAGCCUGUGCGCAGGCAGGGCAACUACCUGCUGUGCUCGCUGCUGCUGGGCAACGUGCUGGUCAACACCACGCUCACUAUCCUACUCGACGACAUCGCCGGCUCAGGCCUCGUGGCGGUGGUGGUCUCCACCAUCGGCAUCGUCAUCUUCGGGGAGAUCGUGCCCCAAGCCAUCUGUUCCCGGCAUGGCCUGGCAGUAGGAGCCAACACCAUCUUCCUCACUAAGUUUUUCAUGAUGAUGACCUUCCCCGCCUCUUACCCGGUCAGCAAGCUGCUGGACUGCGUCCUGGGCCAGGAGAUAGGUACCGUGUAUAACCGGGAAAAACUGCUGGAAAUGCUCCGGGUCACUGACCCCUACAAUGACCUGGUCAAGGAGGAGCUGAACAUUAUCCAAGGAGCGCUUGAGCUCCGCACCAAGACAGUAGAGGAUGUGAUGACUCCCCUUCGGGACUGCUUCAUGAUCACCGGAGAGGCCAUCCUGGACUUCAACACCAUGUCGGAAAUCAUGGAGAGCGGCUACACUCGAAUUCCAGUAUUUGAAGGAGAGCGCUCCAAUAUCGUGGACCUGCUCUUUGUCAAAGAUUUGGCCUUCGUGGAUCCAGAUGACUGUACUCCAUUGAAAACCAUCACCAAAUUUUAUAACCACCCCUUGCACUUUGUUUUCAAUGACACCAAGUUGGACGCUAUGCUGGAAGAAUUUAAGAAAGGUAAAUCUCACCUGGCUAUUGUGCAGCGGGUGAACAAUGAGGGAGAAGGGGAUCCGUUUUAUGAAGUUCUGGGAAUUGUCACCUUAGAAGAUGUGAUUGAAGAAAUCAUCAAAUCUGAGAUUCUAGAUGAAACAGAUUUAUACACCGAUAACAGAACGAAAAAGAAAGUGGCCCACCGUGAAAGAAAGCAAGAUUUUUCUGCCUUUAAGCAGACAGACAGCGAGAUGAAGGUUAAAAUAUCACCGCAGCUUCUCCUGGCCAUGCACCGUUUCCUAGCAACAGAAGUAGAAGCAUUUAGCCCAUCCCAGAUGUCAGAGAAGAUCCUUCUAAGGCUGCUAAAGCACCCCAAUGUCAUCCAGGAACUGAAGUAUGAUGAGAAGAACAAGAAAGCCCCAGAGUACUACCUCUACCAGCGCAACAGACCUGUAGACUACUUCGUUCUCAUUCUUCAGGGGAAAGUGGAAGUGGAAGCUGGGAAGGAGGGGAUGAAGUUUGAAGCAAGCGCUUUCUCGUACUAUGGCGUCAUGGCCCUCACAGCCUCUCCAGGUGAAAAUAAGUCACCUCCUCGCCCAUGUGGCUUAAAUCACUCAGACUCUCUCAGUCGAAGUGACCGGAUUGACGCAAUAACACCAACGCUGGGGAGCAGUAAUAACCAGCUCAAUUCUUCAUUUCUGCAAGUCUACAUCCCUGAUUACUCAGUGCGAGCCCUUUCCGACCUUCAGUUCGUCAAGAUCUCAAGACAGCAAUACCAAAAUGCCUUGAUGGCAUCCCGGAUGGACAAAACCCCUCAGUCUUCAGACAGUGAAAACACUAAAAUUGAAUUGACUCUUACGGAGCUGCAUGAUGGGUUGCCAGAUGAGACGGCCAACCUGCUCAAUGAACAAAACUGUGUGACACACAGCAAGGCCAAUCACAGCCUGCACAACGAAGGCGCCAUCUAGGGGUGCCUACACUGGCCCUCCUCGACCGUCCCCCGCCUGAGGCUCUGGCCUCUGUCAGACCAUGACUUCAUUAGUAUGAGCUUGUCUGCCAUGCUGCGUCCUGCAACAUUCUGAGACCAAAGACUUUGUCCCCUUCCUGGAAGCCGCAGAGGACAGCAAGAGAAGGAAUGGGAAACUAGAGAUGAGAAAGCGACAGCUGGGGCACGAUGUUCAAGAUUUUGGAGAUGAACUUCUUCGCCCAAAUAGAAUCAUGUUUAUUUUUUCAGCUGUACCUUUUAUCAUUUACUCACUCUCCUCCCUCAAUUUGCAUGAAGUUGAAAAUUGUUGCGAUUUAUUUUUUCAAGAUAUCAUGUUUUUCAAAAGUGUCUUUUGCAGAGUUUUAACUUGUUCUGUCUGAACUCUGCUGUGGUCCCAUGAUGUGACCCUAAUAGGAUGGACUUGCCCCACAAGUGGCCUGCCGUGGCCUUCCCAGGGAGGGACACCCUUCCUCUGUGCCCCAGUGGGUGUCGCUGUCGAACUUGAUGGAUGAAUGAAGAAAACCGUGUCACUGCAGAACCUGCCAAGUCUGUCGUCACUGUGGGGUGUGGCAUGCAGAGGGACCUGUGGUCGGUUGCCUCUCUGUGCUAAGUGUUGUUUUUGAGAAUUUAAUGUUUAACCAUGCCCCUUUCCCUCAGGAAGGUUUAACGUUUGCUUGGGAAUGUGAUUUUGCUCCCACCCUAAGGAAUUUUUAUCACCAAAAUGAAUGUUAAUGAAUUUUAAACCCAUGGUUUAUCAUUGGCAAGAGGCAAGUUGACUUCAUCCUGAAAUUCCUUUGGCCUGGGGUCUCUGGCUCAGCCAGCGGUCCCCUCACACCCCAGUUCACAGAGCGCCGUCUCCCAGCCCUUGCUCUUGCUAACCCAGGAUGCUGCUACACAGAUGCCAAAUGGAGACCUUCCACAGGGCUUUUCAGUAAACAUGAGGUGUGGAGGUCACGUCCCUUCCCUUCCCACGGGAACAUAUGUAGUUAUCAGAACAGGAGACUGAUUCUUUACUUGGGGCCAAGAAGGCAUGUCUAAACCCAUGUUUUUAAAGGAGGUAACUUUGGGGAUUUCCAGGGAGCCAACUGUCCUCCUUUUCCUUCGUCUCUGGGCUCAGGAAGCCCAUUGGUGGCAGCAUCCCCCAAGGACUGCUGUGCCUCCUGCCUCAAAUGCAGCCUGCACUAGAGAGGCUGCUUGGACAGCCAGGGUCAGUUUGGCCCCAAACAGGGAUUCAGCAACCAAAUGUUUGUUGUGGCCAUUUCAUGUGUGUCUCCGUCUUACUUUAAUACCAAAUUUACCAUGUGUAGUGAAAUUAAUGUCAGCAGAUAUUGAGUGACUGCUUUCUUAAUAGCUUGUGUUUUACCAUUAGCCCAAGAGACAGGUGCAUCUUGCUAGCGAUAUUCAUACACUGAAAUGAAUUCUCCUGCCCACAGUGUUUAUAUAGGACUAUCCAUACCCACUGUGGCUGGUCACUGGCAGAGAAGAGAGCAUUUCUGCAUUUGAGCUUACUGCAUGCAGGAGGGGGCUCAGCAGCAGUCUUCUGCCCCCUCAGGUAGGAAGUGUGCUCACCCCUGGUUGGGCUGUGUGGGGGGUGAUGUGCUGGGCUGGCCUCCUGGUGAGCAGUUUGGUGGCUGUGGUGUCAAUGCAUGACUGAUUUAAGUGUUUGCCCUGAGGUGGCAGUACGGGCAUGUCUUCCUCAGAUGCUGUCAUGCCCCUUAGUGAGAGAGAUACUGGCCUCACUAGGUGGAGGGUCAUGGAGAGUGCCCCUAAGGGACACCUUGGGACAGAGCCUGUAUCGUGUAGCACCCCACACUGGAGUGUCCCCUUUUUCGAGUAUGUCCAUCCAAGUUAAAAAGCCCAUUUCCUAAGAUGCAUCUAGCCAGACACAACACAGAUAUGACAAGUGUGUACAAAUGAGAAUUCUCUGUAACAAAAAGAAACCUGGGCCUGGCCAUAGCAGGGGUCUCUCCCUCAAUGAACUGCCACUUUGGCCCAGUGGUGCUUGCCUUCCCUGAGGUCUCAGGAGCCAGGUGGUCAAGCCAAGGCUCUGUAGCCUCAAAGAACUUCACCCAGACCGCCUCUCAGGCCCAGGGCCUCUCUCCAUGUACAGUCUCAGGGCAGCCUUGCUAACAGGAGCCUCUGGAAUGAGAGUCACAGGCUGGCGUCUUUCUCAGAGCCCCACUGUUCUUCAUGGAUCCUAAAGACCUGUGAGAAUCAGGGGAGUAGGGGGAAUACCAGCCACUGCCUCUCUUAGGAGAAACAGGAAAUUUUUAGUAUGCUGUCUUGCUGCUCAGCAUGGUGGCUUCUUGCAGAGUAUUCUGCUUAUAAGGAGCUGGCAAGGUAGCACUACAGUGGGGCUCCCAGGAUGAGGUUUUAGCCUGCUAAGAUUUUACUCAUUUUUUGUUAACUAUUUUUCACCUUUGAUUCACACUUUUGAUAACACAAAAUCCAGAACAGUUCCUAUCUGGUCCCCAAAGGAACAAAUGUGAACUAUAUGUGGCUAUAAUUACAGCUGAGAAGAGCUAAAGACACUUCAAGUAGCACUCAUGUCUGAACCACAAGGUUCUUUUCCAAAUCUCAUGUUCCCUCUGAGUCAGAUCCCUCAGACCGUUGAAGGAGAAACACUGGUCCCUUUCUUCUCUGGGGCAGCAGGAGAGUGGUCUCACUUAGGAGGACCCAUGCCAGUCGGAGCUGUAAAGUCAUUGGGGCUGGGCUAAAAAGACUGUUAAUUAGGUGAAAUCUUGGUGCAUAGUUGCUGCACCUCAGCACUCUGGCUGGAUUGUCCUCUCCUAGGGUUGCCAUCCAGAUGCAGCCCCCACCCUCAGUUCUGCGCUGAGGGCCUUGCCUACAGUGGCCUCUGUUGCUAGCCUGGCUCUAUGGUUUGGGACAGACCAUACUUUCUCCUAAGCAGCCACUCUGGUAUCCUAAAGGCUCCACUGGAACUAGACUCUUGGGAUCCGAAUGUCCAGGACAUUUUGCCCUCUUUGUAAUGGGGCUGUUUUCAACUGUCUUUAGAGGUUCCCUCCCUUCAUGGUUCUGUUCUGUAUUUAUCGUCAUUUUGUCUGUAUUCAUCAGGCAAGUCCAAAAUCAUGUAUUUAAACUCUUAGGAAAACAGAACUCUAAGAUUUGUAAAUGGAUUUAUUAAGGCACUAAUCAAAUAGCUUAAAUCUUGGUAUUUAAAUAAGUUGAAUUUGAAAGGGUGCCACAUUCAAUUCUGUUCUUCCUUCCUUACCCUCCACCCCGUCCCCCGCACUGCACUCUCUGCAGAGAACUCUGUGCCAUGGUGGACAUGGUUGGCUUCCCUAGGGCCAAAGUAGGGCAUCUUGCCUCUUUCUAAUGUUUUUUUUUUUUUUUCAAGGAAUUUGUGCAAAUGCUGAAUGCAGUACUUCACAUUAAUAUUGAACACUAACUAAAUAGAUUUACCUUGACAUCCUCAUUCCAUAUAACUACAGGACCAGCUUUUCCAAGUCUAGGAAAAUAGUGGUAGAUGCCAAUAGAAAUACAUUUUUAUACCCCUAGGAAACAAAGGAACAGGAUAAUUUUGAGCUAAGCAGGAACCAUAAAUUUCAGCCUUCAAAUUCUACAGGUUGAGGAGCAGACCUAAGGAGGCACUGACUAAGCCCAAGUCCCAGCUGACAAAAAUAUACACCACCUGUCAUCUUUUGAAGGCCACCAGGGAUCUGUGACCAUCUUUGCCAUACCUGGGCCAUGGGGCAAAGUCUCCAAGAAGCUUUUCAGGGAUAGUCCCAGGCAGAUGACUCCUGUGUGUUGGUGCAGAAGGUGCUCUCUUUGGUCCCUGGGUCUCCAAGAAAAGGCCAAGGAGGGCUGGCUUUGCACACUGCACUGCGUAAUCCAUGCUCCCAGGUGGUAUGGGCAGGGGGCACAACUCCUGUCUGCUCUAAUCCUAGAGAUGGACUUUUGCAAAGGUUUGGGAACAAAAAGCUGACCCAGCAGGGAGGGGCUAGGUGGCUUCUGUGGCACAAUUGCUCCAUACUUUGUGGAAGAAAUGGCUCUCUCCUGGGCCAUGUUGCUGUUGAUCUAGGCUGUACACGAGUGGUGCUUCAUUCUGGCAAGGGUAACUGGGUGAGGUGUAGGCUAACCCAGAAUUAGGGAUUUAGAAUUGAAUAUGAAAGCAAUUUUGGAAAUUCAGAAACUUUUGAUACAACUUUUUCCAUGAGCAAGACACUCAGUGGAUUUUUAUACCUCAGGGCCAUUUUCAUUUGUUUUGAGUGGUCUGAUAGGAGAGAGAGAUGAGUUCAGAGACUUCUAGGUUGAGGUUCACUUGCCUCCAUUUGAGGGAUGAGUGGUGCACCAAGACUGAGCCUGCUGAUACUGCUGUCCUUCAAGGCUGUGACAAGUGGGCCUUCCUCCUUUAGCACUUGCAUGCUUUCUUCUGGCUGCUAACUAAUGCUUACUUGCUGGUUUUCCCUCUGCUUCUUCCUUAAUGGAAGACUCACAUUCCAGAGUCCCUGGUCAGCCACAGGACUGGAAGAAGAGAUGGCAGAUACAAGCAAUGGCAGAGUGAGAGUGGCCUUCCUCUUGCUGCCUUUUGCUGGGAAUCUUCUUUGCUUCUUAGAACUAUGUUUGACUUAGCUCAAGUAACCUUUUUUUUCUGUAUUCUAAGGCCACUGACAUCAUCUCAACUAGAAUCACAUUAAGUAUCUUUUGGGAAAUACCAGAUGGUUUUUUAAGCAACAUGGAAACAACAGUACUGGUGGCAAGAGUCAAAUUUUAAGUGUUUGUAUGUCAAGGUUUUUUUGUGUACAGAUCAACGCAGACUUGAUGAGUCAACAAUAUUUUCAAGAUAUAAUGCCUGUUGAGACCAUGUACAAAUUCAAAGAAUGAUUGAUUGGCAGUAUUAUCUUGCCUUUCUGGUGUUUGCCCAUAUCUGAUGUACACGGACUCACUUAAGAAAUGAUUGAGGGCUAGAUUCCUCUUCAGAAGCAUCCUGAAGAGAAUUAUUUAAUGGGCCCGAUAGGCUUGGUUGGGUGCCUGCCCUUUUUCUUGAAGACUCAGGACCCUUGAGUAUAAGCAGUGGGCAUCCAGGCAGAGCAGAGGAAGUAGGAAAGAAUGAGGUCUUUGGAGUCUUAUUCCCCAGAGCCCUAGCCUAGCUUCUGAUUCAUAACCCACCCUGUCUAAAGUCUGUUGUGGAAGGUAGAGUAUCAAUCCAUUGACUUUUCUUGUUUUUGCAGUCUUUAAAUCCACAAAUGUAUAUGCUUAAUUUUAUAUUAUUUAUUAUGUACAUACACCUCUACUGUUAGUAUGUCUGUGACCAAGAUAUGUUCCGAAGCCCCUCAUCCACAGAGCUUAGGGUUCUGUUGUCCCUUAAGUUGGGUGAGAGGGCAGUGGUGGGUUCCUCCCAUCUAAAAAAACAUGUUGCUGCUCUUAUGUUGGCCUCUGUAUCCCCAGCCCCCUUUGGGGGGCCCACCUCUAUUCCUGAUGAUCAGUGUUUGGGAGGAUUGUGAAGGCAGACCUUCUACCUUGUGGUAGGGCCUCUCAAAUCCUUUCAUGAUGUAUUGCAGAGGUGGUUUCUUGGUGACUGGGUCCCUUGUCAGAUACAGUGGUACAGUUGGCUGAGACCACAGCCUCCUUCCUCACCCCUCUCCCAGCCAGGUUGUUUGCCUGGUCCCACAGUGAUGGCCUCUACCUUGGAUCACAAAAUGCUUCUCUCUGGACCAUGGAAGCUGCCUGCCCAUCUGGGCUGUUAAAUUUGCCUUUUCUUGGUGUUGGGGCCCAGUGCCAACAUUGCCUUGGUCCUCGUGUAAGCCCUGCUUUGUCUGAUUUUCAUCCUCCUUAGCCUUUACUCACUGUAUCAUGGUGUACAUUUCAUGCAUUUGAGCAGUGAAGUUUUCUGAACACAGUAUUGAGAGCUGUGUGAAGUUAAAUAAGCACAAGUCGAGUGUAUAGGUUUCAUGAGCUGAUUGUCAUAAUGAAUGCAUUUUAUAAAUCGAAUGUUGUAGAUUUACAAUUUCUCCUAUUUAUUUUGUACCAAUUUAUUUGUAAAUUUUGUGACUGUUUAAAAAGGUUUUGUUUAUUUCUAUUCUAUUUAGAUAAAUGAUGAUUUUCUGUUCACCCUUUUA